UAGUCGUGCUGACGUGCAGCGCGGCCCAAGCUGGGUGCGAGUGGCGCAGUCGGAGCCUGCUGCGGCCCCUGAGGAAACGAGGUGGCGUCCGUGUCGUCUGAGGCGGGCGGACCGGGGAGCCUAGGCAGCGGCUCCAGGCCUUGAAGAACACUUAGGUGGUCAAGCGGCGGCAGGACCUCUCCUCGAAGGCGGCAGGCGGAGGAGGAGGCGGCGGCGGGAGUGGUGGUGCCCCCCCUGGGCACAGGGCCAUGUACAACGGGAUCGGGCUGCCGACGCCCCGGGGCAGCGGCACCAACGGCUACGUCCAGCGCAACCUGUCCCUGGUGAGGGGCCGCCGUGGUGAGCGGCCUGACUACAAGGGAGAGGAGGAACUGCGGCGCCUGGAGGCUGCCCUGGUGAAGCGGCCUAAUCCUGACAUCCUGGACCACGAGCGCAAGCGGCGCGUGGAGCUGCGAUGCCUCGAGCUGGAGGAGAUGAUGGAAGAGCAGGGGUACGAGGAACAACAAAUUCAGGAGAAAGUGGCGACCUUUCGACUCAUGUUGCUGGAGAAGGAUGUGAAUCCUGGGGGCAAGGAGGAGACCCCAGGGCAGAGGCCAGCGGUAACUGAGACCCACCAGUUGGCAGAAUUAAAUGAGAAAAAGAAUGAGCGACUACGUGCUGCUUUUGGUAUCAGUGAUUCCUAUGUGGAUGGCAGCUCUUUUGAUCCACAGCGUCGUGCUCGAGAAGCCAAACCUGCUCCUGAGCCUCCCAAACCUUACAGCCUUGUGCGAGAGUCCAGCAGUUCUCGCUCACCAACCCCAAAGCAAAAGAAGAAGAAAAAGAAGAAAGAUAGAGGACGCAGGUCAGAGAGCAGCUCUCCUCGAAGGGAGAGGAAGAAAAGCUCAAAGAAGAAGAAGCACAGAUCAGAAUCUGAGUCAAAGAAACGGAAGCACAGGUCUCCCACUCCAAAGAGCAAACGUAAAUCUAAAGACAAGAAGCGGAAGCGGUCUCGUAGUACAACACCAGCUCCCAAGAGCCGCCGGGCCCACCGUUCAACCUCUGCUGACUCUGCUUCUUCCUCUGACACUUCUCGAAGUCGGUCUCGAAGUGCUGCAGCUAAAACACAUGUCUUGACUGGACGAAGUCCUUCCCCUGGUUCAGGGUGCCAAGGGGUGGGAGAUCCACCUUCUGGUGAAUUAGGUACCACAAACACACAACGGCCUAACAGUCCAGAGCUCUCUACAAAGCAGCCUAGCAGUCCUUAUGAAGACAAAGACAAGAAGGAGAAAUCUACAGUUCGAUCUAGCCCCUCUCCGGAAAGGAGCAGCACAGGCCCAGAACCACCAGCUCCCACUCCACUGCUUAUUGAGCAGCAUGCCGGCUCCCCGCUUGCAAAAACCUCUUUAAGUCAGGAGCCAGUGAACCCUCCUUCUGAGGCCUCCCCAACCCGGGGCCAUUCACCACCUAAGUCUCCUGAGAAACCUCCCCAGUCAUCUUCAGAGAGCUGCCCACCAUCCCCUCAACCUACCAAAGCUUCUCGGCAUGCCAGCUCUUCCCCUGAAAGCCCUAAACUUGCACCAGUUCCUGGCACGCAUAGAGAGAUUUCUUCUUCUCCUACACCCAAGAAUCGCUCACAUGGUCGAGCAAAGCGAGAUAAAUCACAUUCUCAUACUCCUUCUCGUAGAACGGGAAGAUCUCGUAGCCCUGCCACUACUAAGAGAGGGCGAUCUCGUUCUCGAACCCCUAAGAGAGGUCAUUCUCGGUCUAGGUCCCCACAAUGGCGUAGGUCUCGGUCUGCACAGAGGUGGGGAAGAUCUAGAAGUCCCCAGAGGCGUGGUCGCUCUAGAUCUCCUCAGCGACCAGGAUGGUCCAGGAGCAGAAAUACCCAGAGAAGAGGCAGGUCUAGGUCAGCAAGGCGAGGCAGGUCACACUCUAGAUCUCCAGCCACUAGAGGCAGAUCUCGGUCUAGAACACCAACCCGGCGUGGUAGAUCUCGGUCUAGAACACCAACCAGACGCAGGUCUCGGUCCAGAACACCUGCUAGGCGCAGGUCUCGGUCCAGAACACCAGCUCGGAGGGCCAGGUCUCGGUCUAGAACACCUGCUAGGCGCAGAUCUAGGACCCGGUCACCAGUAAGACGGAGAUCUCGUAGUAGAUCUCCAGCCAGGAGAAGUGGUAGGUCACGCUCUAGAACUCCAACCAGGCGUGGACGUUCGCGCUCUAGAACACCAGCCAGGCGUGGACGCUCGCGCUCUAGAACACCAGCUAGACGCAGUGGCCGCUCGCGCUCUAGGACUCCAGCCAGGCGUGGAAGGUCUCGAUCUAGAACACCAGCAAGACGAGGAAGAUCUCGGAGUAGGAGUCUAGUCAGACGUGGAAGAUCUCACUCUAGAACACCACCAAGAAGAGGCAGGUCUGGCUCAUCGUCAGACCGUAAAAACAAAUCCAGAGCAUCUCAGAGGAGGAGCAGGUCCAACUCAAGCCCAGAAAUGAAAAAAUCACACAUCUCAAGGCGGAGCAGAUCUCUCUCUUCACCACGAUCCAAGGCAAAAUCUCGCUUGUCUUUGAGGCGAAGCUUUUCAGGAUCUUCUCCAUGCCCUAAACAAAAGUCACAGACACCACCUAGACGCAGUCGAUCUGGAUCAUCCCAACCUAAAGCUGAAUCUAGAACACCAAGGCGAAGUCGCUCUGGUUCUUUAUCAUCACCUAAACAGAAAUCUAAAUCACCAUCAAGACAAAGUCGUUCCAGUUCACCUCCUUACAAUAAGGUGAAACCUGGAACACCACCAAAACUGGGUUCUCUAACAAGUCCCCAGACCAAUGAACAAUCUGCAACACCACAAAGACAGAGCCGAUCUGAAUCACCACCUGACCCUGAACUGAAAUCUAGGACCCCUUCUAGACACAGCUGCUCUGGGUCCUCUCCAUCACAAGUGAAAUCUCACACGUCUCCAGCACAGAGUGCAUCAAAGUCCUCAUCUCCUCAACCCACAGUGAAGGCAGUACUGUCACCAAGACGAAGCCAUUCUGGCUCCUCUUCUCCAAGUCCUGGUAGAGUGGCAUCUAGAACACCUCCAAGGCAAAGCAGAUCAGUAUCUCCUUGCUUCAAGGUGGAAUCUGGAUUGUUACCAAGGCAUAGCCAUUCUAGAUCCUCCUCACCAGAUGUCAAAGUGCAGCUUGAAACUCCAUUAAGAAUAAGCCAGUCAGGGUCUACAUCACCGUACCCCAGGGAAAAGCCCCAGACGCCACCUGGGCAGAGUCUUUCUGAAUCAAAGUCACCAUCUUCCUUGGAGAAGUCUAAAGACACAGCACCACAGAGUUGCUCUGAAUCCUCCCUCUGUCCAGGAGUAACAUCUAGCACACCAGUAGGAGAGAGCUAUUUUGACUCAUUUUUGCAACAGAAAGGACAGCCUGAAGUUUUGCCAGAGUCAAAACUUGAUGCUUCAGAUGCAGAAGUAAAACAGGGUCCUGUAGAAUCUCCAUCUUUGCAGAGCAAAUCUCAAACACCACCUAAGAGUGGCUGGUCCAGGUCCUCCUCUCCAGCCACUGAGUUGGCAUCUAGAUCUCCAAUAAAACAAGAUACAAGUGAGUUGUCAGCAAGUCCUAGGUUGAAGUCAGGCAUGUCUCCUGAACAGAGCAGGUUACCAUAUCUUGCAUUGGACUCCAAAUCUCUUCUGGGACAGAUCAGAUUAGAACCUUCUCUUGAAUCAAAAGAAAAAACAAGUGUAUCCCUUCAUGAAGACACUAGCGUUACUGCAUCACCUCCAAGACUAGAAGACAAAUUUAACCUUCCUGUGCAAGAUAGACCUGAAUCUUCACCAGCUAAAGACUCAUCUAGAAUCCCUUCAAGAGAGAGAAGUGCUGCUGGAUCACCUUUAGAUACAAAAGACCAAAAAUGUACUUCACCUGAACCAAACGGUGAGAAAUUAAUGGAGGUGAUAGAAAAAUCUGAACCACCUUCAAACCAGGUCCUGCCACAUAUGUCUCCUGAGCUUAAAGAAGUGACUGGAAGUAACUUUGAAUCAUCUCCUGAAGUAGAAGAAAGGUCAGCUGCAUCAUUGGCUCUUGAUCAAUGUCAGUCACAGCCACCUUUGGAAGCAGAAGUCCCUGCAGUGGCCUCAUGUUGGGAAGGGCCACAUUUUUCUCCAGAACAUAAAGAACUGUCUCCUGGGGAGAACAGCUUUGGAUCACCUUUAGAAUUUAGAAGUUCAGGCCCUGCCACAGAGAUGAAUACUAUAUUUUCUCCUGAAGUUAAGGAAGAUUUGAAUGGGCCCUUCCUUAACCAGCUGGAGACUGACCCAUCUGUAGAUAUGAAAGAACAAUCAAGAUCAUCCAGGCACAGUAGUUCUGAGUUAUCACCAGAAACAGCAGAAAAGGCAGGAAUGUCGUCAACUCAGAGUAUCUCGUCACCUGUACUUGAUGCUGUACCAAGAACACCAUCAAGAGAAAGAAGUAGUUCUGCAUCAUCUCCUGAAUUGAAAGAUGGUUUACCCAGAACUCCAUCAAGGAGAAGCCGAUCUGGUUCUCCAGGACUUAGGGAUGGGUCUGGGACUCCCUCUAGGCAUAGUCAUUCUGGGUCCUCUCCUGGAAUGAAAGUGUUACCUAGAACCCCAUCAAGGGGACAGAGUGAAUGUGAUUCUUCCCCAGAACCAAAAGUGUUGCCUCAGACUCCUAGACCAAGAAGUCGUUCUCCUUCAUCCCCAGAGCUCAACAAUAAGUGUCUCACCCCCCAGAGAGAGAGAAGUGAGUCAGAAUCAUCAGUUGAACCAAAAACUGCAGGAAGGACUCCCCUUGGGCAGAGAAGUCGAUCUGAAUCAUCUCAAGAACUUGAAGGGAAGCCCAGUGCAUCUCCUCAGGAAAGAAGUGAGUCAGACUCUUCUCCAGAUUCUAAAGCCAAGACACGAAGCCCACUCAGGCAGAGGAGUCAUUCUGGAUCAUCUCCAGAGGUAGACAGCAAGUCCAGAACUUCUCCUCGGCGCAGUAGGUCUGCCUCAUCCCCUGAAGUUAAAGAAAAGCAAAGAGCAGGGCCCAGGGCCCAGAGUGGUUCUGAUUCCUCUCCUGAACCCAAAGUACCUGUCCCUCGGGCUCUUCCCAAACGUAGCAGAUCAGGUUCAUCAAGUAAAGGUCGAGACCCUACUGAAGGAAGCAGCAGUUCUGAGUCUUCUCCAGAGCACCCACCCAAAUCUAGAACAGCUCGAAGAGGCUCCAGGUCCUCACCAGAGCCAAAGACCAAGUCUCGCACACCACCUCGACGUCGCAGCUCUCGAUCCUCUCCUGAGCUAACUAGAAAAGCAAGGCUGUCCCGUAGGAGCCGUUCUGCCUCCUCAUCACCAGAAACUCGCUCUAGAACUCCCCCGAGACGCCGAAGAAGUCCGUCGGUGUCUUCUCCAGAGCCAGCUGAAAAGUCAAGAUCAUCACGUCGCAGGCGCUCAGCUUCAUCUCCACGCACUAAGCCAACUUCAAGGAGAGGCCGUUCUCCUUCACCAAAGCCCCGUGGGCUACAGAGGUCUCGUUCCCGUUCACGUAGAGAGAAAACUAGGACAGCUCGACGUCGAGAUAGGUCUGGUUCUUCUCAGUCAACCUCUCGGAGAAGACAGCGGAGCCGGUCCAGGUCUCGAGUCACUCGUAGGCGGAGGGGAGGCUCUGGUUACCACUCAAGGUCACCUGCCCGUCAGGAAAGUUCCCGAACUUCCUCUCGUCGCCGAAGAGCCCGCUCUCGGACACCACCAACCAGUCGGAAGCGUUCAAGGUCACGAACGUCACCAGCCCCGUGGAAACGCUCUAGAUCUCGAGCCUCUCCAGCUGCUCACCGUCGCUCUAGGUCCAGAACACCUCUGAUUAGUCGACGUAGAUCCAGGUCUCGAACCUCACCUGUGAGUCGGAGACGGUCAAGGUCCAGGACAUCAGUGACUCGACGAAGAUCACGAUCAAGAGCAUCCCCAGUGAGUAGGCGGCGAUCCAGGUCCAGAACACCACCAGUAACCCGUCGCCGUUCAAGGUCCAGAACACCAACACGCCGGAGGUCCCGUUCUAGAACACCACCUGUGACUCGUCGAAGGUCCAGAUCUAGGACUCCACCAGUAACCAGGAGGCGAUCUCGAAGUAGAACUUCACCUAUCACUCGCAGAAGAUCAAGAUCUAGAACAUCUCCAGUCACUCGCAGGAGAUCUCGAUCCCGCACAUCUGUUACUCGAAGAAGGUCCCGCUCUCGAACCUCUCCAGUGACGCGCCGCCGCUCAAGGUCCCGAACACCUCCAGCUAUUAGGCGUCGCUCUAGAUCUCGAACACCACUGUUGCCACGGAAACGUUCUCGAAGUCGCUCACCUCUUGCUUUACGCCGCCGUUCUAGAUCCCGAAGUCCACGAGCAGCUCGGGGUAAACGGUCCUUAACAAGGUCUCCUCCAGCAAUCCGCAGGCGUUCUGCAUCUGGAAGUAGUUCUGAUCGUUCACGAUCUGCUACUCCUCCGGCAACAAGAAAUCAUUCUGGUUCUCGGACACCACCUGUAGCACUCAGCAGUUCCAGAAUGAGCUGCUUCAGUCGUCCUAGCAUGUCACCAACUCCUCUUGACCGAUGUAGAUCACCUGGAAUGCUUGAACCCCUUGGCAGUGCUAGAACACCCAUGUCUGUCCUACAGCAGAGCAGUGGCUCCAUGAUGGAUGGUCCAGGUCCCCGAAUACCUGAUCAUCCAAGAGCAUCUGUGCCAGAAAAUCACGCUCAGUCUAGAAUUGCACUUGCGCUGACUGCCAUCAGUCUUGGCACUGCUCGGCCACCUCCAUCCAUGUCUGCUGCUGGCCUUGCUGCAAGAAUGUCCCAAGUUCCAGCUCCAGUGCCUCUCAUGAGUCUUAGAACAGCACCAGCUGCCAACCUUGCUAGCCGGAUUCCUGCAGCCUCUGCAGCCGCCAUGAACCUAGCCAGUGCCAGAACACCUGCCAUCCCAACAGCAGUGAAUCUGGCUGACUCAAGGGCCCCAGCUGCAGCAGCAGCUAUGAACUUGGCCAGCCCCAGAACAGCAGUGGCACCUUCAGCUGUGAACCUUGCUGAUCCUAGAACCCCUACAGCCCCAGCUGUGAACCUAGCAGGAGCCAGAACCCCAGCUGCAUUGGCAGCUUUGAGUCUCUCAGGCUCUGGCACACCCUCAAAUGCUGCAAAUUACCCUGCUAGCUCCAGAACGCCUCAGGCUCCAGCCUCCGCAAACCUGGUGGGUCCUCGAUCUGCACAUGCCACAGCUCCUGUGAAUAUUGCUAGCUCCAGAACACCUGCAGCCUUGACUCCUGCAAGUCUCACCAGUGCUAGGGUGGCACCAGCAUUGUCUGGUGCAAACCUCACUAGCCCUAGGGUACCCAUUUCUGCUUAUGAACGUGUUAGUGGCAGAACUUCACCCCCACUUCUUGACCGAGCCAGGUCCAGAACACCACCAUCUGCCCCUAGCCAGUCUAGGAUGACCUCUGAGCGGGCCCCAUCCCCUUCCUCCAGAACGGUUCAGGGGCCUUCACAGUCUGUACCCCCAGCACAGGAUCGACCUAGGUCCCCAGUACCAUCUGGUUUUUCAGACCAGUCCCGUGCUUCAGUGGCCCAGUCUGCCCCUGGAGCAGGGUCUCAGUCCCUUUCCUCUGGGACUACAAUGAAGAUCUCAUCUUCUGCUGGUGAUCACAAUGGCAUGCUCUCUGGCUGUGCCUCUGGGGUGUCCCACCCUGAGGAUGGGGAGCCACCUGCCUCAACUGGGGCCCAGCAGCCUUCUUCAUUGGCCACCUUGCAACCAGCAAAGGAGCGGCGGAGUUCCUCCUCCUCCUCAUCUUCUAGCAGCUCUUCCUCCUCAUCAUCAUCCUCGUCGUCAUCAUCAUCCUCAGGCUCCAGUUCUAGUGACUCAGAGGGCUCUAGCCUUCCUGUUCAACCUGAGGUGGCAGUGAAAAGGGUCCCCAGCCCCACCCAAGCCCCAAAGGAGGUUGUACGAGAGGGACGUCCUCCGGAGCCAACUCCAGCCAAGCGGAAGAGGCGCUCUAGCAGCUCCAGUUCCAGCUCCUCAUCUUCCUCUUCCUCCUCCUCUUCUUCCUCCUCUUCUUCCUCUUCCUCCUCUUCCUCUUCCUCCUCCUCUUCCUCCUCUUCCUCUUCUUCCUCCUCUCCCUCCCCUGCUAAGCCUGGCCCUCAGGCCUUACCCAAACCUGCAAGCCCCAAGAAACCAGCCCCUGGGGAGCGGAGGGCUCUGGUCUGGCCACCGUCAUCUUCUCCCGACUCUGUCCACAGCCUCCUCCCUGUCUCCCUGCCUCCACGCCAUUCUCUUCCACACGUAGCCAGAGGGAUCUUUCUAAAACGCACAUCUGGUUACUUCCCUCCACUCCACAAAUCCUUCCGGGACGCCCUGUGGCCUUCAGGAUAAAGCCCCACCUCUGCGGGAAUGGCGUGUGAGGCUCUUCACCAGCUGGCCUUGCCCACCCUGUGCUCCUCUGCCCGCCCCCAUACAUGCCCUGUGCUCCAGCCACACUCAGCGCCUUGCAGUCUAAGGAGAGCCCCAUGCCUUUGGACAUGCUGUUCCUUCUGCCUGGAAUUUCCUUGUCCGCCUGGUGAACUCCUCGUUCUGCAAGACUCCACUCAAAACAGCACCUUCAAGAAGACUGCCCUGCCCCUUCCCUGCCUUGUCCUUGUACCCCUACCCCUGGGUCCCCAGCCCAUCGCACAUCAAUUCCUGCGGGGCUGUUUCCCACACAAGGGGCCCUGUGUUUCUCCCAUGUUGGCCUUCUUCACUCCCAGACUGAGCUCCUCCAAGGGCAGGGACUGUCUUUUUUUCUUUGCAUCCCCCGCUGUACCCUGGGCCCUGCCCACUGGGGGCACUCGGUGGAUGUUAUGCGGGCGGAUGGGUGAGUGCAGACAAAGGUCCCGCAGUCCUCGAAAACCAAUAGACUCCCUACGAGACUCCAGGUCCCUGAGUUACUCACCUGUAGAGCAUCGGCGUCCCUCGCCCCAGCCCUCACCACGGGACCAGCAGAGCAACAGUGAACGGGUUUCCCGAAGGGGCCAACGUGGGGACAGCCACUCUCCAAGCCACAAGCGCAGAAA